CACUACGCACAGCGAUGACGUAAGAACGCACAGCGUUUACUCUGCUUCGGCAGCGCGUGAAUUUUGUUUCCAAGCUUUUUUGUACAGCUAACCAUUGUUGAGCUGCCACCAAACCAACCAACACGGUAGCGUUAUGCAGACCAGGUGGCCAUGGCUUGGAAGUCAAGGACCCGCAGUCUGCAGGUAUUUGACACGGAGCUGAGCGCGGACACGGUGGAGUGGUGUCCGCUGUCCCCCAGCCACGACAUCCUGGCAUGUGGGACUUACCAGCUGCAGAAAGCGGAAGGCGGAGAGGACGCCGCGCCCAGCCGGACCGGCCGCCUCUACCUUUUUCAGUUUCGCCGUGAGGGUCCGAUGAGCCCUCCUCUCACUGAGCUGCAGCGCCUGGACACAGCAGCCAUUUUAGAUCUUAAAUGGUGCCACGUCCCUGUGUCAGGCAGGCCGCUGCUGGGAAUGGUUGCUGCUACAGGAGAGCUGCAUCUCUACACUCUGCUGGAUAAUCAGGAAGGUGGGCGCAGUCUGCAGACUAUGUGCAGCGUGGAAGUUGGAGCAGAGCGGCUGGCUUUGUCUUUGGACUGGUCCACUGGUAGAAUGGACAGCAGUGACAUCCGGGUGGCGUGCAGUGAUUCUGCGGGCUGCGUCGGUGUGUUCUCCCUGGCUGAAGGAGCUCUGAUGGCUCUGUCCCAAUGGAAAGCUCAUGACUUUGAGGCCUGGAUCACAGCCUUCUCUUACUGGAACACACAGCUGCUUUAUUCUGGGGGGGACGACUGCAAACUGAAAGGCUGGGAUCUCAGAGCUGCUCCUUCAAGCCCUGCUUUCACCAGUAAAAGGCACUCGAUGGGUGUGUGCAGUAUUCACAGCAGCCCUCAUCUGGAGCACAUCCUGGCCACAGGCAGCUAUGAUGAGCAGGUCUUGCUGUGGGACGGCAGGAACAUGCGGCAGCCCCUCGGGCAGAGCGCUGUGGGAGGCGGGGUGUGGAGGCUGAAGUGGCAUCCCAGCAAUCAGUACCUGCUGUUGGCUGCCUGCAUGCAUAAUGACUUCCACAUCCUCCACUGCCAGCAGGCCUUAGAGGGCAGCGAAGGAGCCUGUCCCGUCGUUGCUUCCUACAUCCUCCACAACUCUCUGGCCUAUGGAGCCGACUGGUCCAGGCUGUCCCUGGAGGACCCCGCGCCGCACUCCCCUCCUGCCACAGAACCAAAGGAAAGCCUCGCUCAGAGCAGAGGACACUUGCGCAUUCAGUACGAGUCUCCAACUGCCAGCUUCGACACGUCGCUGGAGGACGACGCAGGUCGGUACAUUCCAGAGGCGAGUGGACCGCCCCCCCGCAGUCCUGCUGAGGCACUGGCCCCCAGCCCGGGUCAUGACGCUCCGCCACUGUCCUGUCUGCUAGCUAGCUGCUCAUUCUACGACCACAUGCUGCAUGUGUGGCGCUGGGACUGGACUCCAGAAACGUCCCGACAGGAGUCCCACCAACAGUGACUGAGCUGCAGCCAUGCAUCCCAUAAACACCCUGAACUGAGCAGAGGAUGCAACGAGCACGUAGACCACUCUCCUGCAAAACACAAGGUUCACUUAGCAGAAACGUCUAUUUUGAUUAUGACAUUGUUUUAUAAUAAACACCUCCCAUGUCUGCAGCAGCAGCAGUGAGACGGCCCUACGGCAGAGGGUCUGUGGUGCUUGGUGUUUUAGAAACAUCUGGUGACCUCUGGCAGAAAACUGACCCAAACCAACACAGAAGUGGUUCGUCAGGUGCACACUUAACCCUCUUCUAUAUCUAUUGUAGUCACAUAAUAUAAACCAGAAGUCUCCAAACUUUGUCAUGUGAGCCAAAAUCAUCAAGUCAAAAGGACUCGUGGGCCAAGAAAAUAAGAAAAAAUUAGUAAAAUUAGGUUUUUUUGGGGGGGGUUGCCUAAACUAAAUGUGCAAAAUUUUAACUAAAUAAAGUAGUCAAUUUUUUUGUAUUUAUUUUGUUGUUUUUUUGAAGGAAAGCAAUGUUAUUCUAUGCACAAAUAAAACUUAAAAAGGAUUUUGCACAUAAGAGGCUUGAUUGAACAAAUUUAUUGUCAGUCAUAAGAACAGGAAUUAGGUCACUUUAUUUCAAAAUGCUUGCUAUAUUAAUCCAAGUUUAGUGAAUUAGAUAAAAGUUGAUUUUGGUGCUGCAAAGUUGGCUUUUGUUAAAGUCUCCUGAUGUAUUUGGUUCUGCUUAGUAUAAAAAAGUAAAUAAUUUGUCCACUGCAAGAAGAUUGUCAGUAAUAAUUUCACUCAGAUUACGAAUAAAAAUCUAAAUCUCCAUCAACCAGCUGUGAUGGAGGGCCAACUUCUUAUCAUUCCUGAAUUGCAGCUGGGGGCCACACUAUCAGUAGAAAGAGUCACACUUUGUAUAUCUGACCUAAACUGUAUAAAAAGCCUGUGAAUCAGUUUUUUGCCCUUUUUUCUAAAAAGGACAGACAUGCUAAAUGUUGAUGGCAUGUAGCUCAACACUGACUCAUUAGAAAAUGUUCAGUAUUUGAGAGGAUUUUAGAAUUAAACUUGAAAACGGUC